ACAGAGGUUGCAGCUGCUCGCGGGAAGGAGGAGCACGUACUUGAGUUCUUUUCCGUCGUACACUUUUUUAGGCCUAUAAGCGUUGUAACAUUUUAAACAUCGAGAAAUAUGAAACAUACUGGUCUUUUUAAAUGUCACGAAGAUAUUCAUUUGACAGACAUACAUUAGUAGCCAUGGUACGCUGUUAAUUAUGUGUAAGCUAGGCCAGGCCUGUAGAAUGCGAUAAAGUUGCACCAUCAUGGCCACAACAUCUAAGAAUACCUACACAGCCAGUUUAUCUGUUGAUUUUCUGGCGAUGCCUCUUCACCAUGAAACCGUCGCCACGUCAACCCCACCUAAAGUGAUCAACCUUAAUGAAGAUAAUAUUAGAAUUGACUUUUCCGAUGAUCCUGAUGGUAAUGAUAAUUUACUAAACAUUGGUACAGGCGAUCAGAAUAUGGACCGAGCAAUCGCUGCGGAUACCAUGAUAGAGGGCACUGUUGAUGAGUCUCAGAUUGUAGAAGAUUCGCAAAUGAAUGAAGCGCAAACUGAUAUGGCAAACACGGCAUCUCAGCCUAGCUAUCUGCUCUUCAGCAUCCCAAACCCAUCGCAAACACCUCUGCUUGACAUGCCUGUGUAUGUUCUAAGCAAUCACUUAGCAAAGGACAACAUAGAUGCAAAUGUUGUGCUGGAGCAACAGAAGAAGAGUGUUGAUCACAUGGUCCACCUACAGGAACUGGCUCAUGCCAACCUCAUCUCGGCUACACAGGAGAGUAUAGCCAGAACUUUUGGAAUGGAAGUGCCUGAUGAUAAAAAAGUGCGGAAGCUCUACAUAUGUAAGGAGUGUGGUAGGGGUUUCAAAUCUUCUACCAACCGCAAAUACCAUAUGGAACUGCAUAAGGGGAAUAAGGUGUUGAAAUGCACAUUUCCGGGCUGUGAGCGUAGGUUCUCAUGGCCCACGCAUCUCCAGUACCAUCUAAAAACACAUACUAAUAAUAGGCAAUAUGUUUGUGAUGUACCAAACUGCGCAAAGGCAUUCUUCACAGAGCAACGGCUUGUAGUACAUAGACGUACACACACUGGUAUACGGCCGUUUUCAUGUACUGAGAAGGGAUGCAAUAAAAGCUUCACUACAGCUGGAAACUUGCGCAACCACAUCAGGACACAUACAGGUGAGAAGCCAUACGUCUGUAAUGUCGCUGGAUGCUUGGUGCAGUUUACUGAGCGAUCAAGUCUCAGGAAACACAUGUUAACCCAUACUGGGGAAAAACCAUACAAGUGUGAGGUUUGUGAGAAAAUGUUUACACAAAUUGGAAGUAGGAACACUCACAUGAAACGCAAGCAUGCCAACACAGACAUCAACUCACCUUUAAACCUGGUUGACAAGACACUUAUCGGUGAAAACCUUGUCCAAUUACAGGAUCAUAUUCCAUAUACAAGUUUGAGCCAUGGAACGGUGUCGGCCUCGAAUGCUGCAGUGGUUGUUUUGUCGGAGCCUCACACUAGCGUGACCCUCACUAAUACCAGACAUCUUCACCAUCAGGCAGUCUCUCGAGAAGAUAUGGUGUAUGGGAAUGACCUUCUGCAGUCCGAACUGGACCAAAACAUUUCGCACAACAUUCAUGUUAGUGGUGACAUGGUUGGAACUCAUGAGCUACCGGGUGUACAUGGGAUGCUGCCCUCGCAAAAGGGCAUUGUGGGAGUAGAUACGAUGAUACAUGGAAAUAGAUCGGAUGAUGGUAGCAACGAAGACAAUGAGGAAAGUCUAAGGAAUGCGUCACGGGAGAUGUACUGCCCGUGAUUGGCCUGCUUAAGCGCAGUGAACACUCAAAUUUUAUGUGACAAAUUUGUGUGAUGUGCCCAUAUAUGGUAUGAUGAUAUCAUAUUACACCCAAAUAUGGGCAUAAAUUGGGGACAGAGCAUUUAAUGUAAAGCUGUGCAUGAUUAACUGGUCUCGUGGCAGAUCAAUAAAUAAACUUGCCCUCUUGUGAGUGGUUAUGCUGUAGUCAUAUAGAUGGUGGCUCUAAAUUAGAGCUACAGUACUUUAUGUUAGUGCUUCAUUCAGGUGCAAUAAGUACAGCUGAACAGAAAUUAUUAUGAAUAAAUAAUAUGUGAAGAUAAAAUGAUACUUAUAUUGUAUGUAUGAGUUUAUGGUUGUUGAUGUAAUGCAUUCAUCCAUUUAGAGUGAUUUACUGUAUUUUUUACAGGAAAAUUAUAAUACUGUAAAUACUUGUAUAGUGCAACAAUAUGCUGGAAGACAGUAUGCACAAACAGGACUACAGUA